AUGCUUAGCAGAUUAGUCAAGUCAUAAGUUUGUGCUUUAAGAAACUUUAAGGCUCUUUAAAAUAAAUUCUAAAUGAACUUCGCAGUUGUUAGAAAAUUCACAAAGGAACACGAAUGGGUUGAUUAUGAUGAAGAAGCUAAAACUGGUACUAUUGGUAUUACUGCUUAUGCUGCCUAAGAAUUAGGUGAUAUUGUUCAUAUUGAAUUCCCUGAUGUUGGCACUAAAUUCAAAGUAGGAGAAUCAAUUGGAUCAAUUGAAUCAGUUAAAGUAGCUGCUGAUGUUUAUGCUCCUGUUGAUGGAGAAAUCGAAUAAAUCAAUGAAAUUGUUAAUGAAGACCCUGCAUUAGUUAACUAAGACCCUAACUUAAACUGGUUCUUAAAACUUAAGGUUACUAAUGAAGCAUAAAUUAGAGAGUUAUUCACUGAAAAGUAAUAUCAAAGAUUCCUUGAAGACUUAAAAUCUGGAAACGCUGGAUCUCAUUGA